AUGCAACAGGCCGUGACUGCAUAUCAACCGCGUGUGAUUGAGCCAGUGCAGACGACUGACUGGGUCCGGCUUCUGUUAAGCUGUCUUCAACUCCCCUUGCCAACCCUCCAGUGUGCUGCUUCUCCUUUUCUGCCAGCAGUCCUAUCUCCACUGCAGCACUGCCCACCAUACCAUCCCCUGCUGGGGAACGUGGGCUGUCAACACUGCUUGAAGUCGGUGGGGGGCGGAUGGGCAUGGGAGGGCAGGAAUGAGCCAUCUGCACCCAGGUCAGGUCUCCUCCUAAUGGCAGUGAUGGGCCUCACGGCAGUGCUGCAGUCGACACACACGGAGCUGCACGAGAGGGACAGCAAGCCCACUCUCUCUCUUCCACCAUCCACUGUCCAGACAUGUGCUAUCCUUUUCACACCUCCUUCUCGAAUGGUCCUUCUCUCUCUCCUCCGCCGUUCCCUCUCUCCUCCGCCCUCCCCUCUCUCCUCCGCCCUCCCCUCUCUCCUCCACCUCACCCCCGUCUUCUCCCACCACCCCUUAACAGACUGCUGCUCUUGCGCAAUGUCAGCGGGGUGA